AUGGCGGAGCUAAAACUCUCAGAGAGCCGAGACCUAACGCGGAUAGAGCUCAUAGGUGCACACUCCCAGAUCCGUGCCCUGGGUCUGGAUUCGACCCUCGAGCCCCGCCAAGUCUCGGAUGGCAUGGUGGGCCAAACCGCAGCCCACAAGGCUGCCGCCGGCGUCAUCAUCCUGGCGGGUCAGCCCGGAACCGACAAGACUGCCAUCGCCAUGGGCCUGGCCAAAUGUCGAAUGUCGAAGACCGAAGCUCUAACCCAGGCCUUCCGCAAGGCCAUCGGCAUGCGCAUCAAGGAGGAGACCGAUGUCAUUGAGGCAGAGGUCGUGGAAAUCCAGAUCGACCGCCUCGCCGUCGCCGUCGCCGGAGCAGCCUCUAAGACUAGUAAGCUGACCCUGAAGUCCAUGGAGAUGGAGACAAUGUACAACCUGGGCGCAAAGAUGAUCGAUGUGCUGGGGAAGGAUAAGGUGCAAAGCGAAGACGUGGUGGCCAUCGACACGUGA